AUGGAAAAUCGCCUAGCCUUCGUCGGGAGGAAAUCGGCUCGCCGUCGCUGGAGAAUCGCAUCGCCCUUUCCUGGAGAAUCGCCUCGCCAUUCGCCGGGAGAAAACCGCCUCACCCUUCGUUGGAGAAUCGCCUCGCCCUUCGCCGGGAGAAAAUCGCCUCGCCGUCGUUGGAGAAUAGCGUCGCUGUUCGCCGGGAGAAAAUCGCCUCGAUGUUGCUUGAAAUCGGCGAUCGUGGGACAAGACUCCGUCUCGCUGCAGCUGGAGGAAAAUCGUCGACGUCUUUUUGAAUCAACUGCAAAAUUGUCGGAAUAA